GCCGCCCUGGUGCCGUCUGGAGCCUCUGGCCGCGGCGGAGCCCGUGCCAUGCCUCGGUACUGUGCAGCCACCUGUUGCAGAAACCGAGCGGGACAGAGCGCCCGAGACCAGCGCAAGCUCAGCUUCUACCCAUUUCCUCUUCAUGAUAAAGAAAGAUUAGAGAAAUGGUUACGAAAUAUGAAAUGUGACACCUGGAUUCCCAGUAAACAUCAGGUCCUCUGUAGUGACCAUUUUACACCAGAUUCUCUUGACGUCCGAUGGGGUAUUCGAUAUUUGAAAACAACUGCAGUGCCAACUAUUUUUUCAUCAUCUGAUAAUCAGGAAAAAGGACUUUCCCAGAAGAAAAUGCAAGAGAAAAGAAUAGAAGAUGUCAGAGAAAGGAACAUAAGUGUAGCAAAUACAUCUCUUAAACAUGGUUCACCAAAGAGAAAUAUUAUACUUGAAGAAAACCUACAUAGAAAAGCACUUUGUACAACUUUAAGCAAGUCGCCAGGAAAGGAAGGACUACUUCAGAAUAUAGUAAAAGCUGAAGAUGACAUUGCAUGUCCAAAUAACUCAGUUAAACAGAAUAUGGAGCAAGCAAAUUCUGUGUUAAUAGCAGCCGAUGUGCAGAAUGCAGGAACCAUCGAUUCGACUUCCCCAGAAAAUAGUUUUAAUAACUCUGUAGAGAACAUCUUCAGUAGUGCAACCACAAUUUUGCAAACUUCCGUUCAUGACCUUCAUUCAUGUCUUGAGCGUGUCUCGGAUUCUAAAGCCACAGUUUUGCAGGCUUUGCAUCUUGAACACUUGGAUUCAACUCUGGAAUUUAAUAAUGUCACUGUACCAAUUUCUGAUCUUCCAUCUGAUCAACUGGACACUCAGAUUGCAGGCUCUUCUGUAGAAGUACAACAAACUGAUGAAAAUUCUGUGUUGUUCCACACAGUGUCACAAGCUUUAGAACAGUUCAGUGGAAAUAAGGAAUCUGUUAUCACUAUUAUAGUUCCUUCAGAGUGUUCAAGAACUCCUUUGUUGUUAGAGGGUUCAUUCCUACCUGCAGACCAGAAAUUAAACAUAGAAGUUGAACAAUCUGUGUGUAUCACCAGUUGCAGUGGCAUUGAAGUACUACAAACUGAGCAUUCAUACUGUAGGCAAGACACAGACAAGGAACAACUCUGGCAAAAAAUUCUGAAGUUGCACUCCAAAAUAGCACUUUUAGAAGUACAGGAGAGAAAAACCUUAAGCAGACUCAAAUCUCUGGAAGCGCUUAUUUCAAAACUGAAGCAGGAAAAUCUCCUUUCUGAAGAAAAGCUCAAAAUUGUAGAAAACUGUUUUACAACGUUUGAAGUGACAAUGAUACAAUAAAAGCUUUAAAGUCA